CAUAAAGAUGGAACUCGAUCUUUCUCCGAAGUUGGCGAAGAAAGUAUACGGAGACGAUGGUGGAAGCUACCAUGCUUGGUGCCCUAAUGAACUUCCUAUGUUGCGUCAAGGCAACAUUGGUGCUGCCAAAUUAGCUCUUGAAAAGAACGGCUUUGCCCUUCCUGGUUACUCGGAUUCUUCUAGAGUUGCUUAUGUUCUUCAAGGAGUCGGAGUUGCCGGGAUUAUUCUGCCUGAAUCCGAGGAGAAGGUGAUUUCUAUCAAGAAGGGUGAUGCCAUCGCCCUUCCUUUCGGUGUUAUCACCUGGUGGUAUAACAAGGAGGACACUGAAUUGGUCGUCCUUUUCAUGGGAGAUACUUCAAAAGGUCAUAAAGCCGGUCAAUUCACGGAUUUCUUUCUCACCGGCUCCAACGGCAUCUUCACCGGCUUCACGACAGAUUUUGUGAAAAGAGCAUGGGAUGUGGAUGAUGAAACUGCUAAGGCUCUUAUCGGAAACCAAAACGGAAAAGGCAUCGUCAAGCUCGAUGCCAAUGUUAAGAUGCCCGAACCGAAGCCGGAUCAUCGAAAGGGAAUGGCUUUGAACUGCGAGGAAGCUCCGUUGGAUACCGAUAUCAAAGGCGCUGGCAAUGUUGUUCUCUUGAACACCAAAAACCUCCCUCUAGUCGGUCAGGUAGGGUUAGGUGCUGACCUCGUUAGGUUGGAAGGCAAUGCAAUGUGCUCUCCUGGCUUCUCUUGCGAUUCGGCCUUGCAGGUUACGUACAUUGUCAAGGGCAGCGGUCAUCUCCAAGUCGUCGGCGUCGACGGCAAGCGGGUACUGGAAACUGUUGUGAAAGCGGGUAAUCUGUUGAUCGUUCCGAGGUUCUAUGUUGUUUCGAAGAUUGCGGAUCAGGACGGCUUAUCGUGGUUCUCAAUCAUUACCACACCCAACCCUAUGUUCACCCACUUGGCCGGAAGCAUUGGGGCGUGGAAGGCCUUAUCUCCUGAAGUUCUUCAAGCGGCAUUCGAGGUUCCAGCCGAGACAGAGAAGGUUUUCCGUUCCAAGAGGACAAAUGAUGCCAUCUUCUUCCCACCACCAAAGUGA